AUGACGGGUCGCCAGCUUACAAAAAUGGACUUCCUAGACGACCAAGAUGCUACGAGCGGAACGUAUGGCCGGAGGUGCAUUAGACACGAAAAUGCCGGAGUAUAUCCCCAUUAUCACAGGCCGUCACAACAGCACGAUUUCUCUGACAUUGACUUCGACUUCUAUCUGCCCGGCAACAACUGCAGCGAUGGCGGGGAGACGCAGUCGUCUCCGUCUGCCGGCCAUAAAUGGGUUGGUAUCCCCACUCAGGACGGCGGCGGAGAAACGCAGUCCUCUCUCGGCGGCCAGGAGAAGCGUGUUGUAGGUGGUGUCUCAGCCCAGCGCGGCGGCAGCGUCAUCUGGGCUGGCAUAAGUCCGGUGCAAACUCUCCGCCAGGAGAAAGCUCCCAUGCGUGAUAUUCCAGGCUGCGGCACGGGAAAGACUCGCAUGAGGGGUAACCCCGCUCAGGGCGGUGUCUUUAGCCAGUGGUUGGAGGAGACUAUCCGCCGCGAGAAGGGUUUUGUAGGUAAUAUCCCUGCUCAAGGCGGCAGCAGUGCCGGUGGCAGGGAAAAGGCUCCCAUAAGUGAUAUCCCUGCUCAGAACGGCGGCCGUAGCGGCAAGAUGGGGAUGCAGUCUCUCGGUGACGGAAAGGGUUGCAUAAUUCUGGAUGAUAGCGAAGAGGAGGAGGAGGAGGAAGUACAAUUUCUCAGCGAGGCUUCACAAUCUCAGAUUCCAGCUUCACCAUUUCAACCUCGCACUCCAAAACCACUUCCCAGAUUUGCUCAAGCUGAACUUCAAACACCAACACCUUCUCGUCUUUCUUCACAGAAGAGGAAGUUGAAUUCUAUUGACACUACUAUUUCCCUACCACGACUCGCACCUCAGCAAAGACAGGCAAGGAGUGCACAGUCAUUGAGUCGAUCUAAGUGGACUUUUGGAGAUCGCAGAUCAACUGCUGUAUCUGACAGCGCAGUUGUAGAAGCUCUUUCACCGUUUUCAACGCCAACGAAUAGAAGAGACAGUAUGUCGGGAAGUAUUAAUCGCAGAGAGGGGUAUGAGAUUGUCCCCAUGCCGGCCAGUGCUAGGGAGAUGAGUAUUGGGAAUGGACGUGAAGCCGUCACCAGUUCCAACAAGAAGCAAGUCUCUAUUCUUAAGAACGUAAGUGCUGGCAAGUACAGUGUCAGAAGUGACGUUCUUUCUGCUUUCAAGGAGGGACUUACUCCUACCUCCAAGAACAAGGAUGGUGGCAAGUUAAGUGCUAGAAGUGAAGUUGUUACUGCUGCCAAAGAGCAGACUCCUUCGACUCCCACUACCAACAGCAAGAAUAGCAGCAAGCUUGGCCAGGUAAUUGAAGUUAUUACUGCUGCCAAAGAGCAGCCUACGCCUACUCCAAAGGCCAAGAAUCGUGUCGUGAGUCAAGACUGGGAAGUCAUCGAAGUUGGAACAUCCACAGACCUCACUUUACCUCAUCGCUCUUCCACCCAGCGAAAGCCAGUCAUCGAUCUGGAAGACUACGAAGUCCUGCCUCCUCUCACAGGCACUGCUUUCAACAUGGCCAUUCCACACGCCACCAUCAUCAACGACUCUGAUUCAGAGGGUGAUUUCGAAUUCGAAAUCAUCAGCUCCAACACCCUCACUUCUCCCAUCCUCCCCCGUCGCCGCUCAACUAUCUAUCCCCUCCGCAACCCACCCAUCGUGCACCCUCUCUACAGCAUCAGCGCCACCACCGUCUCAAACCUCGCUCUCGGCCCCGAUGUCGUCGUCGAGAUCUUCGAUGGGGAUUUCCUCAAGAUCACCGAUCUGAUUCGCAAUGUCGAUACGGGCGUGGUUACUCUCCGCGGACAUCGCCUCCAGCGCACCAGAGAUUUGAAUGGAUUGCUUGCUAAGAAGCGCAAUGAGUUGUGCUGGGUCACUGAGGUGGAUGAGGACGAUGGGCGUCCGGCUUCCGCGCAGAGUUUGGCUGAAGUGCCUGCCUCCAGCGUCACGAGAGUGCGUAAGGCACUCAUCACGAAUAUGUCGUUCCCCGCUGCGACAUACCGCAACACACCCCACCCUGGUGAUCUCGAGAAUGUGGAACACGAGGGCAUUGUGGCCUUGAGAUGGAAAUAUACGACUACAUGGCCGAGCGCAAAGGCGCGUAUCAACAAUGAAAAUACCUUCUGUGAGCGCGUGUUGAGACAUCUCGGGGAGGGAGAUACCUUGGUUGGAGAGGGCUUGAGAAUCCGCGAUGGGUUGGCUAGAGACCAAUUCCGUGGACCGACUGUGCUGGGCGGAUCUUUCAUCCCUGUUGUGCGAAAGGGUGGGAAGAUGGGGAUGAAUACCAAGUCUCCCGUUCGGGAAAAUUCAACUGGAUGGUUUAGACGCCUUACUGGGCCACGCAACAAUAGCGUCCAGGAACUUUCUGAGCUGACGACCGGAUUGUUCGAUGAUGAUAUGGUCGAUCUCACGGAUGAGUUUCCGAAGACGCCAACGAAAUCCAGAUUGAGCGCCGCAGAGACGACUCAAGAACGUAUGCUUGGCCAGAUCGACCUCACGAUGCCUGAACUCUCAUUUACCCCCUCCGAUGGGACGGUUCGUGCUACCAAUGCUGCGAGCAAGUUGAAAACCGCAAUCAAGCGUGUUGAAGGUCAGAUGUACACCUACGGCGAUGCCUUCUGCGGAGCCGGCGGGGCAACCCGCGGCGCCCACAUGGCCGGUCUCAAAGUCGUCUGGGGCUUCGAUUUCAACGCCCACGCAUGCGAGACCUGGCGCCUCAACUUCCCCUCCGCGAAUAUGUACGAAAUGUCAGCCUUCGACGUCUGCGAGAUCUGGGCCAAGGAAGCCAAAGCCGGCAUGGCAAACCGUGCUCAGGUGGAUAUUCUUCACAUCUCGCCGCCAUGCCAGUUUUUCUCGCCAGCUCAUACGAUUCCCGGGAAAGAUGAUGAUAUGAAUACUGCUAGUUUGCUUGCUUGUGGACGACUCCUUGCGCUAGUGAAGCCGAGAGUGGUGACGCUGGAGCAGACUUUUGGGAUUGGACAUGCGGAGUUUACGAGGUGGUUUAAUGCGUUGAUCCAUCAGUUUACUGAUAAUGGGUAUUCACUGCGUUGGAAAAUCUGUCAUCUCCAGGACUGGGGUCUCCCACAGCGCCGCCAGCGCCUCAUCAUCAUCGCCGCCUGCCCCGGCGAGACUCUCCCCCCCCUCCCUCCCUACACCCACUCCAAGCACCCCACAGCCCUCAACGGUCUCAAACCCUACACAUCCGUCAACACCCUCCUAACCUCCAUCCCCCGCAACGCACCCGACCACGACCUGACCUCCUCCCUCGCCAAGCCCCUCCACGAGAGUCCCUGGGACGGAACCAGCAUUGCUCCCCGCGCCAUCACCACGCAUGGAGGGCAGAAUUACCAUCCCAGCGGAACUAGGGGGUUCACGAACCGCGAGUUAGCUACGUUGCAGGGGUUUCCGGCGGGUCAUAGGUUUGGCGAGAAAAACGUCAAGAAGCAGAUUGGGAAUGCGGUGCCGCCGAGCAUUGCGGCGGUGCUGUUUGGGGCUGUGAGGAAGGCGUUGGAGGCGGCUGAUGGGGUGGAGAGGGUUGUGGUUGAUGUUGGGGGGGGGGUGGAGAGGGAGGUUUUUGUUGUUGAUUGAGUGGGUGGUUGGGAUGUGUUUCCUUUUUUUUCUUUUGUGUUUUGUGUUUUGGGAAUGGGUGGAGAGGGGGUUGGGGGGUUGAUUAUGGGUAGAUUGGGCGUUAAGGUGUUUGUUUUUGCUGUUUAGGGGUGGGUAGAUUGUGGGGGAGUUGAGAGAUGGUGAGUGGGGGUGGAUAGAUUGUGAGCUAAGGGAUGAGAUGACGGAGAGAGAUGCCGUUUUUGGGUUAUUCCAGCGGUCGAGGGUAUUGGUUUUGCAGUUGACGAUACUGGUUUUUUUCACAGAUAGUGGCAGGCCUUGGUCUCGCAUGAGAGAUUCAUUGACCAGUCCGAUAGUCUGACGGGAAGUGGAGGGAUUUGCAGUUAUGGAUGGAUGGAUGGAGGAUACACUUUCUGGAUCGCCUGGCAGGAGAUAGAUGCCUUUGGCUGUACAGUUAUGAUACAGAUGGGCGGCGUGGUAUCAGGUUUCCCAUCCAGGAACUAUAGAUAGAUAGGUAGGCAAUCCUUCACUCAGAAUGAGAAUAGAGAUG